ACUUAUGUCUCAAUCCGCGGACCAUGGGAUCUCGGCGUGGGAGAGGGGGGAGGGGUUGGGGGGGGGUCGGCGGAGGAGGAGGAGGAUGACGAGGACGACGAGGACGACAAGGAAGAGGAGGAAGAGGAGGAGGAGGCCGAGGAAGAGGACAAGAAGGAUUCGGGGGAGGAGGAGGAGGAGGAGGAGGAGGUGGAGGAGGAGGAGGAGGAGGAGGAGGAGGAGGAGGAGGAGGAGGAGGAGGAGGAGGAGGAGGAGGAGGACGACGACGACGACGACGACGAGGACGAGGAAGAGGACGAGGAAGAGGAGGACGAUGAUGAGUAGGGGGGGAGGAGGAGGGGUAGGAGGAGGGGUAGGCGGAUGAGCAGGAGGAUGGGUAGGAGGUAGU